AUUGUUAUGGGGAGAUGCAGACCGCUGUCCGCAACCGAGAGGGGCUUUACCGAUGAAAUUUCGCGAUGAAAUCGGGACGCGUAUAGGUCAGCGUUUGGCUGACAACAACACCAAUUGAAGAGGGUUUUUGGCCUUGUAAAAACAGGUUAUUCUAUUUUGUUAGAUUUUGCUAGUUAGCAAUCCAGCCAAGUAAGCAAGGAGGUCGCUAGCUACUGCGAUUAAGGGGGGUGAAGAAAAAACGGCACAUCUGACACAAGGGCUGCUUUUGCUUUGGCUACCUGCUGACUCCGUCCGGUUGUAAACAGAUACUCACACGUGAUGAUGUGAACGGGUCCGCAUUGUGUCGGGGAUGCACAAAAAGGGGUCUCCGCGAUCGAGUGUCAGGUGAGGGAAGCAGGUGGAGAGAACUGAUGGAAAAUUUGGGACCAGUACGAAAUACCCGUUUUUAGUGGGAGGCUAUUAAGAGGCAAAAUGGCCGUUUUCCUAGCGAUUUUAUGAUAUCGCUUUGCCACCGGACUUGGAUUUAUUAUCGGCCUUAAAAUCUGUCUGGAUACAUUGACCAACAAGAUAGCUAGCUAGCUAGUCUAAUCUGUAUGUAGUCAUCGGACGGGUGAAAAUAUAUUCGCUGUUUUAAGAUGUCAUUCACAAUGGAGGACACUUUAGAGUCGGGGUGGGUUGCCGUUCGUCCAAAUGUUUUUGAUGAAAAAGAAAAGCACAAGUUCGUUUUCAUUGUAGCAUGGAACGAGGUGGAAGGGAAGUUUGCCAUCACUUGUCACAACAGAACGGUACAGAGAAGGACUGCUGCCAGGGAUUCAAUCGUAGGGGGGGAAGCCACAGUCGUGGCGGCUGAAGGACUAGCCUCCGGAAUGACCGAGGACAAUAAACCCAAAACUCCCAAAAGUCCUGUCAAAGAAAAGACUGUUGGUGACAGCGCGACAAGGGUCAAGAGAAGUCCAGCUAAAGGAGAACAUCCCACACGCGGAAAGGAUCCGGGACUCUUAAGUCCAGGUAAAAGCGCAGCAUCGCGGGGCACUGGGCCUGCUAGAGUGAUGGACAUCGAAGUAUUGGAUCCCACCGUUAUCAGAGGAGAACCUCGCUCUCCCGAUGUCGAACCCGGGGACUCGGAAGAUCUGGAGAGCAAUGUCAGAGAGCACUGUAGCUGGGCCGGGCUUUUCUCCUUCCAGGACAUGAGAGCUGUUCACUUGCAACUGUGCUCCGUCAACUCGGACCUGGAACCGUGCUUGCCCUCCUUCCCGGAGGAGCCAUCGGGAAUGUGGACUGUGUUGUUCGGACCUCCAGAGGUCAGUCAGAGAGAAAUCGAUGCCCUGUGUUACCAGCUGCAGGUCUACCUUGGUCACGCUCUCGACACCUGCGGGUGGAAGAUUCUCUCCCAGGUGCUUUUCACCGAGAGCGACGACCCCGAGGAGUAUUAUGAGAGUUUGAGCGAAUUGCGACAGAAGGGAUAUGAGGAGGUUCUGCAGAGAGCCAAGAAGCGACUGCACGAGCUCCUGGAGAAGCACAAGGCCACAGAGAGCAUGGUGGAGCUGCUGGAGAUCUACCAGGAGGAAGACGAUGCGUAUGGGGCGCUGGCGGAGGCCACCACCGAGCUCUACCAGUACCUGCUGCAGCCCUUCAGAGACAUGAGGGAGCUGGCCAUGCUGCGCCGGCAGCAGAUCAAGAUCUCCAUGGAGAACGACUACCUGGGCCCGCGCAGGAUCGAGGCCCUGCGGAAGGAGGACGCAGACUGGCAGAGGAAGGCACACGCAGCGGUCCUCUCCAUCCAGGACCUCACCGUCAAAUACUUCGAGAUCACCGCCAGGGCACAGAAAGUGGUGUACGAGCGCAUGCGCACGGACCAGAAGAAGUUCGGCAAGGCGGCGUGGGCGGUGGCGGUGGAGCGCAUGGAGAAGCUCCAGUACUCCGUAUCCAAGGAGACGCUGCAGCUGAUGAGGGCCAAAGAGAUCUGCCUGGAGCAGAGGAAGCACGCGCUGCGAGAGGAGAUGCAAGGCCUACAGGGAGGAGAGGAGGCCAUGACACGGCUGGACCAGCUGGAGGCGCUGUACUAUGAGCUGCAGCUGCAGCUCUAUGAGAUCCAGUUUGAGAUACUCAAGUGUGAGGAGCUGCUGCUGACUGCGCAACUGGAGAGCAUCAGGAGACAGAUGACAGAGCAGCAGGACGAGGUGGUGUACUAUGACACCUACGAGAGCGUGGACGCCAUGCAGGCCACCGAGGACAUGGCGGCUUCCGUGCACCCGCGGAGAGAAGAGCUGACCAAGCUGCAGCAGAGGGCGCGACAGCUGGAGGCCAGGAGGGGGCGCAUCACCGCCAAGAAAGCCUACCUCAAAAACAAAAAGGAGAUUUGUAUUGUCAAUCACAAUGAGAAAAUGCAAAACCGCCAAGGCAGUCCAGAGGACUACAAAUCCCAGCAGGCAUUGCAGCAGAGAAGAGAUCAGCAGCAGCUGGAGGAGGAGCGGAGGAGCAGCCGGGUCAGCCAGGAGCGCCAGAGAACUCUGGACAGACUCCGCAGCUUCAAGCAGCGGUACCCGGGUCAGGUCAUCCUCAAAUCCACCAGACUCCGACUGGCGUACGCCCGAAGGAAAAGCGGGAAUGUCCCUGCCCUCAGUGAGGGUGUGGACCAGCCACAGCCGCUGGUGUCGGAGGAGAGCGGCGCGGCCCAUGCGCUGCUGGGAAGUUCUGCCACCGCCGGCAAACUUGAAAGUGUUUCCUUACCUCCAGGGGGCGCCGCUGCUGCUCCUCCAGCCGCCACUCCUCCCACCUCCCUACCUCCAGAGAGAGAUCUCUCAGCGCUCAGCUCCCCCGUGUCUCCGCCGCCUCCUCCUCCACCUCCCCCUCCUCCGCCCCCGCCUCCGCCCCCUUCCUUGGACGACAGCCCCGCUGAGGGCCUGGGGCAGUCGGACAGUCCCGUCCGGCAGCUCAAGGCGGAGGGGAAGGAGGCCUCCCAGGGGCCCCCCCUCGGCCCCUUCUCCGGCCGUUUCUUCGACAGCAGCCAGCUGGUGAACGCCAGGAAGAAGCUGAGGAAGACCACCUCUCUUGAGGCCUCCCAGAGAAGGAGAGUGAGCUCGCCGAUGGACGAGGUGCUGGCCUCCCUGAAGCGCGGCAGCUUCCACCUGCGCAAGGCCGAGCUGCGUGUGCUGCGGCCCGACCCGGGCCAGCAGGACGACAGCAACAACAUCCUGGCGCAGAUCCGCAAGGGCGUCAAGCUGAAGAAGGUGCAGCAGCAGGAGCUGCGCGACUCCCUGAGCGACCUGCGCGACGCCGCCGACCCGCUCACCCGCAGCAUCCACGAGGCGCUGCGCCGCAUCAAGGAGGCCUCGCCCGAGUCCGAGGACGAGGACGAGGGGCUGCCCUGCGCCGACUGGGAGAGCUAGGCCCCUGACCCCCCUCCCCCGCCUGCCCACCGCUCUCACAGUGACGACCGCACGCCUGCCGCCACCCUACAAAACACCUAAAACACCCUGCAAGCUUGUGCUACCGGACUCACUGUACCCUCUGUUUGCCUCUCUUGGCUUUGAUAUGAAGUUGUUGUUUCCAUUCUAAAGCCUCACAUAAGCCCAACCUUCCUGACCCUUUUUAGGGCUCCAUUCAAUGCGUUACAUUGAAGGUGGUCCAUCACAUUGAGGAGCAUGUGUGGGCAUCCCUACACCACUGCUCUCUUAUUUUGGGGAACCAUAACAGAGCUGUAUCCACGCUUGUUCCCUUGCCCAGUGCAUAGUGCUCUGAUGACUGCCACAGACACAGUGGAGGGGCCUGAAGCACAAUGUGACAGUGACAGGGUGGCACAAGCUCCACAGGGUCCCAGAGCAGGGCCACAAAUACCACCCCCCUCCCGCACUGAUUGAUACUGAGGUCUCAUAAUUUAAGUCCAGGGUCAGGAGUUAUACAGCCAGGUAUGGGUAGAAACUCUCCAAAGUUGUUUAGGAAACAGUAGCUUUGAUGUCCUCACACCACAUUCACCGACUGAUUCAUUCCUUCCAUUUGAUUUGCUUCUUUUCACUUGUAUUUGUUUUUGUUUGGUAAAGCAGGAAGAGGCCAUGAUAAUACAGCACAGCUCCUCCCUAACUGUAGAUUUUACCAUGUGGGAGGUUUGCCUGGCUGUGGAGCACAAUCAGACUGCAUACAAGUACUCCCAUUCACGGCGCAAUAGGAAAUGGUCAGUUAGUUCUUAACCAACAUCUCCCUCUGAUUGUGUAUGUCUUUGGAAGGGUGGGCCACCUCUUCUUGGUUACCUUAUCUAAAUAUGUGCAUUCCUGGAGUGGUGUUCCACUUCCUGAACCUAUAGAGUCUGGUGUUACUGAACUCACGUCUGAAACCAAAUCACACGUGAGCCCAUUUCAACCAGUGCUGCCAAGCCUUUCUGCUGCAGUGUCUCUGUCUGUAAUCAUGUCCUUUGUGUCAUGCCUCAUAGUGGACUUAAUUAGUGUUACCACUGAGGGGGACUCCAGCACUGUGUUAGACUUGAAGAGAUGGAAACAUAGAGCAUCCAAUGCAAUGAGUAAAUGGACUGUUUCAGCUUCUGUAGUUUCUUUUAUUCAAAACUGUAGGAGACUAAUACAUGUUUUAUGGUUAGCCUUUCUCUACAGCUUACUCGCAGGCCAAGCCCCUUGUUAUUCAGACUAUUCAGGUUAUUUAUUAAAAAGACUACACAAAUCCUGUCUAAACAGAGGCCAGGUUUGAAGUGCAUAGUAAUUUUUGCAUCAAACAGGGUACAGACAAAAUGUGGAUGGAUUCCGUCUGUCAGACUGCCUAAUUAAAGUUUAAAACUAAAAUGUCAGUAGCAUUCCUCACAGAUAUAUAAACAUUUAGUUAGGAUGACUGGACAUUGACAGUUGAGCAUUUCAUAGAAUGAAGCACUCUUUUGCAGCAAAGGCAUGAACAAUGGCAUACCAUUAAAACUGCAAAGUCAUGAUGUCUGCUGGGCAACUUAUUUCAGAUAUAUUGUUUACUUAUAUAAAUAUCCCAAUGUCUGUUUUGUAGUGCUGUAUGUACCUUCCAGUCAUGACUGAACUGGCUACCUUGGUGUGCUGCUGACAGUCUUUGAAGGCACUUUGAAUACUCCUUGUUGUGGGUGGAGGUGAAGGGCAAGCCAAGACUUGUGGGCAGUCUUUCAGCUGGCUGAGACUGAAGCACAAACUGUGUGCCCAAUCUCCAGGGAUCUCACAGAGACUGCAGCAGCCAAUCGUAUCUCUCUCUUUGUAAAGGAAGCAGGGGGUCGUCCACACCCUUAAUCAUAAUCCAUCAUUUGGAAGGAAGGAAUUGCCAUCUUGGCCAGUGAGGCACGGUUUCACAUUUGUUUUCCUCUGCAUGAGAAAUGAUAGACUAUAGAAUGUUAAUAGACAGCUUUGGUUAACAUAGCCUUGACUGUAUUCGCCCAGUGCGUGGUUUUGUGCUUGCCCUUUUAUUGGCGUUACAGAGUGAGGAUCAGAGCGUAGAGCUGGAAUUGAGGGAGCCAAAUGGCCAAGAAUAUUGUCCCUCUGAGACUGAGAGGGGAGCUCAGUUUCGAGUCUCUUAUGUGACUGAUCUAAUCCUGAUAACAUCAGGUUCCUUGCUGUCAAGGAACCUGACAGACAAUUCAGCUUCCUAAGAAACAGAACCUUUCACUAUCACAUUCAGCUGCAGUGCCACCUACUGACGAACAAGGCCAAAGAGGAUUUUGCUCUCAAAGGUUCAAGGAGGCGACAUUUCGGUUCGCAGAUGCAUCGUGUGGCAGUUUUACCUGUUUGGUGAAUUAAUGACUUUGUAGAAGAAGUGCUUCUUCUGCACAUUUUUGCAGCAUGGCCAUUGCAUGAGAGAAAGAGACCUCAACAAUCAUGGUCAGAUUUAUUAAUGUAGCAGAUCUCACAUCAAAUUUCACAAUACAUUUCCCAGAAUAAAAUGAUAACAACAAAAUCAUAGGUAACACAUAAUACGCAGCUGUUGUGUAAAUAAU